UUGAAUUUCGAUUCUCCCUUUCUUCUCUAUCACUAUCCUUUCAAUUAUCGAUUUGAAUAACCGGUGGGGAUUUCUCUCGUCUCGCUUGAAUGAUCCAUCGCAUACCCAAAACGAUUAAUCCAAAUCCACUGCUCCAUUAUGCUCACAAUCAAUCCCUAUUCCACAGCCACAAACCUCGACCCCAUGAAAGGCCAACUCCGAAGUUUCGCAAGCGCAUUCCUUUCGUCUCCCAAGUCAAAACAGUGCAAGACCCAGAAGAAGCCUUGUCUCUCUUUCACCGUUACAAGGAACAGGGUUUCCGCCACUAUUACCCUUCCUAUGCCGCUUUGCUCUACAAACUCGCUCGUUCCAGAAACUUCGAAGCCGUUGAAACCAUUCUCGCCCACAUGAGAGACACCGAAUUGCAAUGUAGAGAGAGCGUUUUCAUUGCUCUCUUUCAACAUUAUGGUCCUCAAAAAGCUUUUGAACUCUUCAACAGAAUGCCCCAGUUCAACUGCGUCCGCACGAUUCAGUCUUUCAAUGCUCUUCUCAAUGUUCUAGUUGACAACAACCUGUUUGAUAAGGCCAAUCAUGUUUUUGGACGGUCCUAUGAAAUGGGUUUUCGUCCAAACACGGUGACAUUCAAUAUAAUAAUGAAAGGGUGGUUGGCGAAGGGUGAGUGGGAGAAAGCAUGCGAGGUGUUUGAUGAAAUGCUUCAGAAGAGAGUGCAGCCUAGUGUUGUCACUUAUAAUAGUCUCAUUGGAUUUUUAUGCAGGAAGGGUGAUUUAGAUAAAGCAAUGACCUUGCUUGAGGACAUGAGACAGAAAGGAAAGCAUGCGAAUGAAGUAACCUAUGCGCUGUUGAUGGAGGGUUUGUGUUCAGCGGAGAAGUACGAGGAGGCUAAGAAGCUGAUGUUUGAUAUGGCGUAUCGCGGGUGUAAAGCUCAGCCGGUGAAUUUUGGUGUUUUGAUGAACGAUUUUGGGAAGAGAGGGAAGGUUGGGGAGGCCAAGUCUUUGCUCCAUGAGAUGAAGAAAAGGCGGCUUAAGCCGGAUGUUGUAACGUACAACAUAUUGAUAAAUUAUCUUUGCAAGGAAGGUAAGGCAGUGGAAGCUUACAAAGUAUUAACUGAGAUGCAGAUUGGGGGAUGUGAGCCUAAUGCAGCUACUUACAGGAUGAUGGUUGAUGGUUUGUGUCAGAUUGGGGAUUUUGAGGUAGGUUUGAGUGUUUUGAAUGCAAUGCUUACAAGUAGACAUUGUCCACGUUCGGAGACAUUUAAUUAUCUGGUUGUUGGCCUGUUGAAAUGUGGGAAUAUUGAUGGUGCUUGCUUUGUUUUGGAAGAGAUGGAGAAGAGAAAGGUAGAACUUGAUUUGAAGAGCUGGGAAAUUAUUAUAAAGUCUGUCUGUAGUGAGGAUAAGGGUGUUAGUGAGCUUAUGAAAGUACUUGCAUCUCUGAAUAUCUAAUAAAAUGCAUUUGGUGUGGAGGAAAUUGGAAGUCCUUCAUAAGUUUUCA